AUGGUAAAGCCCUGGCACACAUUGAAUCCAGAGCGGCCAAAGGAGGCAGUCCUACAAAAGCCAGUGUCUCGCACACUGGUGCCAGAGUCAUGGAUACCUGUGCCGACUCAAAGGCUUGUAGCAGCGGGGUUUUUUGUAGCGAUCCAGGCGAUCAAGCUCAGAUCCGCUCUCGAGCCAUCCGUUUCAGGUUGUUUUAUUUUCACGGCAUUCGAUGCGUUAUUUCUUUGGAUUCUUCCGCUUUUUGCUAUUCCCCGCUUGACGUUCAGAACCGCUGCAACUGUUGCAUUAAUUGCGUUUAUGGCAGCGACCAAUUCCCUUUUGUUUAUCGACCCGAUCUGGCUUACCGUCGUUUCCUCUACAAUUAUCAAGUAUAUCACCGGAACAGAGCUUUCAAUAUCAGGCACUCGCGUCAGAAAAGACUCUAUUGGUGCAAACUCACUAGGAAGCUACGUGGUAAAGUAUCUCCCGGAGCUAUCAGCUACUCUGAGUGCCGAUGAACAACUAUGCACCAAUGGCGACCAGGUUUAUCUUCACCUCUCUCUUAAUUCUACCUGGCCUGAGUUAGUUUCUUUGAAGCUUACUCCCCUUGUGGAAGAUACUGCUCCGUCUACUCUCAACUUUACCAAAAAAGACCUCGGUCGCUACCCUAAACGUGGGUCUACAGAUGUCUGGCUGCCGAUAGAUCAACCUGGUGCUUACCAGCUUUUGGAAAUCACUGAUUCCAAAACAGGGUCCCCUGUUCUCGUGUCAACUGCGCUCAAUGCUGUUGUUGUUCCAUCUUGUCCCAAAGCUUGGCUCGAUGUCGAUACGAGUCCUAAAUGUAGAGGUGACAGGAUGUCUGCCCGCAUUUUUGGUCAAGGCAUCGCACCAUUCAAAAUUCGAUUGGCAAACGGAGAGACUGUUACCACUCCCAAAGGGGAGGCAAAGUAUGCUCUGAGUCAACAAGAAGUUUCAGUGCCACUUCUGGCUAUUCCAGGCCUUAAUAUUGGCCUCAAGGGUGUGCAGGACGCACUAGGGAAUACAGUGGAAAUUAACGAGAUGGUCAACAUCCCCGUUUUUAAUCCUGCAACAGCAUCACUUCGAGAGCAGCGUUUGGCGCUUACAGACAAGUCUGUUUCGGCUCAAAUAACCAUCAACGGUGAUGAUGGUCCUUUCAACGUUGCCAUUCAAAAAGACGAAGACCAGCCUUUUACAAUCGAGCUGGCCAAAGGUACUCAUAAUCUGGCUCUGGAGCACGAGGGCGAUUAUAAGCUUGUUGGUAUUGAGGGCCAGCACUGCGCGGGCAGCGUCUCGGGACUUGUACAGGUUUUCAGCCCACCGCCUGUUUCUCUCAAAGUCGAGUUUCAGCAAAUUAAAGAUCCAUGUGCUGGUCCAUCUGGGAUUGAUGCAGAUGUCACUCUGUCUGGCACCCCACCUUUCCAAGUCUGGUAUCGGGCGCGGUCUGGUGACCGUGUUUUAUUUGAAAAAGACAUCAAAGUUUCUGGGUUUAGCGAUCAGGUCAAAUUCAAGCCGCAUAAUGUUGGUACUUUCGAUUACGAGUUCGUUGCAGUUGCUGACGCUUACCGUCGGAUUUCUCUUAGUGGAGAAAUAUAUCAUCAGCAACAAACCAUUAAUGAGCUUGCAGGUGCCUCUUUCUUACCUAUGAGGUCCAAGUACUGUCCUGGUGAAACGGUUGAAGUAAGCGCGAAACUACAGGGUAAAGCCCCGCUUACUUUGGAGUACACUAUUGAUGAAGACGCCUAUACUUUGGAAAAUUUAUCGGGCACAUUUGCAUUAAAGCUUGGCAAGCUUGGAGGAGGUGUUCAUAACGUGCGUUUGACGUCGAUCACUGAUGCAAGAGGAUGCAAGACCCAAUUAGACGUUCGGAGCCCCGAUAUUCAUGUGCGUUCCGAUCGAGCUACAGUGAAGUUCAAAGAACCUGGUAUUCGUCGCGUGACAAACCUUAAGCAAAAGCUGGGGCUCGAGUUUGAAAACGGUAUCCCGCCAUAUCGUGUCGCAUAUUCCAUCAAUGGAGCUGUUCGUUCAGUUGAUCUGAAUACCCCAUAUAUCGAUGUCAACGAACCAGGCGUCUUUCAACUCAUUUCACUUCGUGACGCCGAAUGUGAUGGUGAUGUUGAUGGCCAAACCAUUUCUAUUGAACUAAUCUCUCGUCCCUCCUUGGCCUUGGGUGGGGGCCAGCAAACAUAUGCCACCCUAUGUUUAGGAUCGGCUACUGCAGUGACAUUGCAAGCAACUGGUGAGGCCCCCUUCACUUUGAAUGAUCACAGCAACGUGCAACAGACCUUCUCCGAAUCGGAGUUCGUUGUUGAAGUUGCCCCAGCAGCCACAGCAGGCCCUACCACUUUGUACUAUUGGAUGAAUGAUGCAAACUACAAAGAGGGCACAGAACCUAUUCAGGUUGUUUUUGAGGUCCCUGAUACACCCACUGCUGCUUUCAAACACGUGGAGCACGAGUACAAAAUCUGUCAAGGAGCAAAACAAACUCCAGGCAUCCCUGUGAUGUUGAAUGGUAAAGGGCCAUUCGAGCUGACAUUUGAAAUUGAAAACACUGCUACGGGCAAAAAGUUCCGAACGUCGGCUGAAGUCGAGGGCUCGACCUCUGGUACCAAAACCUAUAUGCUUACCAGUGUGUUUGGUGAUGUCACACCAGGCCACUGGAAAGUUUUACUUCAUUCAGUCACCGACGCUACACAGUGUGGUACACAUGCGUGCACAGGGAAACCAGUGUAUAUUAGUAUGAGCGCAGCCCCAUCAUUAGGCGUUCCUGAGGGUCAGGUGCACGUAUGCGUUGGAGACUAUGUUGAUUUUAGCCUACACGGUCAUGCACCAUUUGAGCUCGACUACGCGUUUGAGGGUCGGAAGCUCACAGCGAUGGCGGAGUCAAAGUUCCGUAGACUGUCAUCUUUCCCUGGGACCAUCGAGUUUGACAAGAUUCGUGACGCAGCAGGCUGCGAUGCGACUCUUAACCACUCUGUGAUCGUACACGAUAUUCCAGCCAGCAGGAUCACACACGAGUCUCAAUUUAGCAUUCAUCACGGCGAGACUGUCGAUCUGGCUUUCGAGUUCUCAGGCACACCUCCCUUCACGUUCACAUACACCCGCAGCGUGCGAGGCAAAGUUGUCGAUCGCAAAACUGUAUCGAACGUUGAAGACCACUUCUACAGCAUUUAUACCCAAGAAGAGGGUCUAUAUGAGGUCGUGGAGCUUCGUGACCAAUAUUGUCGAGUAGGUAUCUAG